AUGAAGUUACCGUUUUUGGAAUCUUCCAAGCUAGAUUAUAAAUACAUCCUUUUCAACUCUAUUAUUUGCUGCAUAGUUGGUUUAUUCCUGCAAAAAUUAUGUAAAUCGGUUUAUAAGCGAUUAAGACUGGUCUAUUAUGGCAGCAAAUUUAAUGCACCACCGCAUCGAUUUCUUAUUGGCAACACUCAUCAGCUAGGCGGUGCAGAUAAAUAUUUCAAGUUCUUGAUUGAUACUAGCAAGAUAUAUGAUAAAUAUUUCAUGCUUUGGUACGGUUCAACGCAGCCAGCAUUUAUUUGCUAUGAUCCUGAUGUUAUUAAAAAAGUGAUCUUAGCUGAACCACCCAAAAUUAGCAAUUUAUACCGAUUUCUAUCGGAUUGGAUUGGACAUGGAUUAUUGACUUCCAACGGUAAUCAUUGGGCUAGAAAUCGACGUUUACUCACUCCAGCAUUUCAUUUCGAUAUCUUAAAGACUUAUAUCAAUAUCUAUAACGAAACUGCAGAUACUUUAAUCGAGAAAUGGUCCGCAUCGGCUGAACGCCAUGAGCCAUUAGAUUUAUAUUAUGAUGCCAGUCUUUGCACUCUCGAUGUCGUCUUACCAUGUGCGUUUUCAAUGCAUUUAAACUGUCAAACAAGCGGUAAAAAUCAUCCUUAUAUCAAUUCUGUUCAAACGUUAGGAGAAUUAAUCGUUAAGCGUGGAUACAAUCUUUUACAUCAUAAUCCAUGGAUCUACUUUAAUUUCACAUCAGCGGGUAAGCAAUUUCAACAGCAAGUGAAUGUAUCGCAUGAAUUUACUGAAGGGAUUAUAAGAAAGCGCCAAGCAGAACUUGAAAAUGUAGGAAAUGAUGAAGUAAAAUCGCGAAAAUCACUGGAUUUUCUCGAUACUUUAUUAAAUGCACGUUACGAAGAUGGAACAAAGUUAAGUUUAAUUGACAUACGAAAUGAAGUUGAUACAUUUUUAUUUGCUGGACAUGAUACUACAGCCGGUACAUUAUCUGUUACAUUAUAUUGUUUAGCAAAAUAUCCUGAGCACCAAAGUAAAAUCAGGGACGAAGUUUCAAACAUAUUACAAAAUAAAUCGCAAAUUGAAUGGGAUGAUUUGUCGCAGUUAAAAUAUACUAGUUUAUGCAUUAAAGAAGCUCUGCGGCUUUUCCCACCUGUACCUUUUAAUGCUCGAACUGCCAAUAAAGAUCUACAGAUAGAUGGCAAAAUCGUUCCUGAAGGAACCAUUAUAAUUUAUUCAGGAUUUAUAGUUCAUCGUGAUCCAAACGUUUGGGAUCACCCAGACGAAUUUGAUCCGUCUCGAUUUCUACCUGAAAAUAUUGGUGAUCGCCAUCCAUUUGCUUAUAUUCCAUUUUCGGCCGGUGCAAGAAAUUGUAUAGGUCAAAAUUUUGCAACGAAUUUCUUAAAGAUUGCAAUAGCUAAACUAGUUCAUCGAUUUGAUUUCAUAACUGAUUUUAAAAAAGAAAUAUCAUACAGUGCUCCACUAACAUUAAAAUUACAUAAUGUAGAAAUCUACUUACGUGAUCGAUUGUGA